UCCAGUCAGAGAGGCAGUUGGUAUGGGAAGCUCAGACCAUAACAGUGCUCUGCUACAGCGGCGUGUAACUCAGCUUCGUGAGGAAAAACCUAGACAGGAUUCAGUGUAGUUUCUAAUAUGCAUCAGGAAUUCUACAAGUAAUAGUGGAAAUGAUGAUGUUCUGCGAGGCUCAUUCAAGAACUCCGGAGUUCAAUCAGAGGCCAGUAUUCUUAGUAAGUGAUUUAGCUAAUCGCAUGCUAACAUCUUCUGAUAAGUUAUAGUCAACAGAGCAAUGGGUGGGAAGCAGUCCCGCAUUUUGUCCAGCAAGGAGUUGAAUGACAUGAGUGUGAGCCAACGGAGACAGAGUGCAAUUAGAGACGACCAGCCCAGCAUGUCCUUGGCUGCUGGGAGGAUCCGAAGACACACUCGACUGCAUUUUGGUUACAGCACCCUAAGUCUAGCCAUGCGAGGACUAAAUGAAACACCAACUGAACUAUGGCAACUCCAAGACCUUCAGAAGCUAAACUUGUCAAUGAACUGCCUGCGCUCUUUGCCCUCUUCCCUGGGUGCUCUUGACAAUCUGGUGGUUCUAAACUUGUGGGGGAACAACCUGUCCCGCCUUCCACCUGAGAUUGGCCUUCUAAAGAAACUGCGUGUGCUCUUCGCCUGUCGCAACCGCCUGAGUGAGGUACCAGAGGAGCUGGGCUCCUGUACCUGUCUGGAGGUGCUCAGUUUGGCCAAUAACCAGAUCACAGGCCUGCCAAGCAGCUUGGCAGCCAUGCGCAAUCUCACAAAGCUCAAUCUCAGCCACAACCACAUCGCUCACAUUCCCACCUGCGUCUAUAGCAUGAAGGGUCUGGUCUUCCUCCAUCUCGCCUGCAACCGCCUGGAGACCAUUGCGGACCAGAUUCAGGACCUGGUUAAUUUAAAAAUCCUCAUUGUGGAAGGAAAUAGCAUACACACAUUGCCCAAGACUCUGUGCUUCCUGGAGUCUUUAGAACUCCUAAAUGUUGACUUCAAUGAUCUGCAAAGCGUACCAGUGGAAAUGUACUUAUUAAGUAAGCUGAGGCGGCUUGCGUGCCACCCACUCGAUAAAGGACUCCAUAUUGUGCAUAACCCCCUUCUCAAACCUAUCCAGGAGGUGCUACAAGGAGGACUCAGUGCUCUCUAUAACUACCUCAAGCCCACUUGAGAGGGUACUACUGUGCAUGUGUGUCUAAAAGAGUGUGCUGUAAGGGGAAGCUGCCACAAAUCUGACCCUUGGCAUAUUGUAGUCACGCUCUGAGUUUGUUGUUACCUCAGACUGUCUGUCAGUGAUAUCAUGAUUCAAAGCAACUGCUCAGUAAUAGUUUUAUAAGUAAUCUUUUAAUCACUGACAGAUUUUCUAUUUUUCAUGUAAUCUUUGGAUAUAAAUAAACCAACUGUUGUGUCACAUCUAAAUAUUUGUUAAGUAACGGGCUCAGGAUGAGUAGUUCAGCUCAAGCAAAAAUCCACAGGUCUGCAUUUGGGUGCUGAUUACUGUUCAGCUGACCUUGUUGGGCUCGCAGCAGUGAAAGACAUAGGGCUAAGUUCAGCUCUCUAAGCACAGCUCUCUUUGUUGCAUUCAGGUCACAGGGAUCAGGUGUGUAAAGUCAGUGGAAAGAACAGCGGAGGGAGCUUAAGAUCUGCAAAAGAAUAAAACAAAAUGCAACAGGGACUUUGUCUCUCAUUAAGUGUCGUUCCACUCCAUCGGGUCAGAGCAGGGCUGCUAGGGAGCACCAGCUCCUCUGAGGAUUCUGGAUGCUGUAACACUGUUACACCAACAAUUUUAAAAACAGCGACAGAGAAGGGCAUACAGUGCAUGAAAUGUACUCCAAAAACAGAAUAAAUGUGUACUAAAGUGGGACAUAUUAUUCAUUUAAUUUCAAAUAAUUAGAAUAAAACAUGUAGUGUAAUUAAAGUUGAAAGCUAUUGGGUAGACUUUUGAGGUCGAACUAAUUUGUGUGCAUACAAAUUACACAUUAUAUUUA